UGGCGGCGCCAGCACUGCUGACAACAUCUGUUGCCACUAGUCAGAAACAAAGGCGGCAUAGGCAAUAUGGACUACGUCAGUGGCGGCUGGGACUGUGUUGUCAUCGCAGUAGCAUACGUGUAAAGGACAUGUAAAAGAACCCUUCGGUGGGACGUGUGAGUCAUAGCCUUCGUAGCAUCCCCCCCCCACCUUUCUGCUCCUCCUCAUCGCCCCCCUCCGGCCAUAGCAGUAUAGUCCACGGGGGCGUCGCCCCUCAGUCAGGCGUGCGGAGCCAGUACGCACGGAGCCGCGGCUUCUCGGUCCGUCCUGUUUGUGUGUCUCGGUGGCCACGGCGACGUGCGUGGAGGACCUGUGUGUACACACGUCUGUUCUGGGUGUGACCCAAGUGUCAUGUGAAUUUCCGGCCUGCGGGAUGUUGUGUUUCUAGGGCCACACGGUGGUUUGCUGUAGUGCAGCUUGAUGCAAGCAGGCCCAUGGCCCUCACGGGGGAACAACACAGGCGGUGAGCAGCAUUGCAGUGACGGGUGUCGCUGUCACCACUACCUGAGGAGGGAUAAUGCUAAGUGAGAGUAGUGGUGGUGCAGCAAGGGGCGGAGUGUUGGAGUGGCGGGUCUGGACUUAUCAACCGUCAUUGAUUGUGUGUGUGUGAGAGAGAGAGCUUGGUUGGACUUGAUCAAUACCUGGCCAUCACUGAACCUCUUCCUGGGCCUUCUGACAAGGGCAUCAGAUCCCUUGGUGUGAACACAUUGCCUAUAUAAUACAGGCAAAACAGGAAAAAAAUCCCACACGCCUCACGGAAGACCUCUACGCCCAUGGUUUGGGUCACAUUGCUCCACUAUGUCCAAAGCCAUUAACUCCUACAGAAUCAAGAAGAUUGAAAACAUCGGCAGGAUGACUGCACUCACCCAGGAGGAAGUGGCCACCCACACCCGGACAGUGGUGCAGGGUCUGGAGGCGCUUCGCAAUGAACACAAUUCCAUCCUCUCUGGGAUCAGCUCGACCCUUUCUUCAGCUCACCACCCUCCAGACUCUAAUGUCAUUGCUGAAAAGGCUGGCAUCUUACAGAGAUCCUUAGAUCAGAUAGAAUUGGGACUGUCUGAAGCACAGAUUAUGCUGGCACUGGCAUCACAUCUGCAGACAGUAGAAGCAGAGAAACAGAAGCUGCGAGCUCAGGUGCGAAGAUUGUGUCAGGAGAAUGCCUGGCUGCGAGAUGAAUUGGCCUCCACUCAACAGAAGCUGCAGGCAUCUGAGCAACAUGUGGCCCAAUUGGAAGAGGACAAGAAACAUUUGGAGUUUAUGUCAACCAUCAAGAAAUAUGAUGCUGAUGUGCAGCAGGACUCAGAAUCAUCAAUGGAGGAGAAGAAAGAUAAGAGUGAUGACCCAGUGGUGGAUCUAUUCCCAGAUGACGAUGCUGAUGAUCGUGCAGGUUUAAAGAGAAGCGGAGAUUUUGGUUCACAAGCAUCAUUAGCGGCCAUGUCUCCAACACCACCAUCUCAGUUUGCCCAGCAGGUAAACGCUGGUUAUGAGAUUCCUGCUCGCUUGCGUACCCUGCACAACUUGGUGAUCCAGUAUGCCUCUCAGGGCAGAUAUGAGGUCGCUGUGCCUCUUUGUAAACAAGCUUUGGAAGAUCUGGAGAAGACUUCUGGGCAUGACCAUCCAGAUGUAGCUACAAUGCUCAAUAUUCUUGCUCUGGUGUAUAGAGAUCAGAACAAAUAUAAGGAAGCUGCUAAUCUCCUAAAUGAUGCCUUAGCCAUUCGAGAGAAAACUCUAGGAGAGAAUCAUCCUGCUGUUGCAGCCACUCUAAAUAACUUAGCGGUAUUAUACGGCAAAAGGGGAAAAUACAAGGAAGCUGAGCCACUUUGCAAACGAGCACUGGAGAUCCGAGAAAAGGUGCUUGGACGAGACCAUCCAGAUGUGGCCAAGCAGCUGAACAACUUGGCAUUGCUCUGUCAAAACCAGAUCUCCCAGGAGGAACGUAGAGGGGUGCCUAAGGAGGAGCUUCUCGGGAAGUAUGAAGAAGUUGAAAGGUACUACCAGCGUGCUUUAGAAAUCUAUGAAACUAAGCUUGGCCCAGAUGAUCCCAAUGUAGCUAAGACAAAGAACAAUUUGGCUUCUGCUUACCUUAAGCAAGGAAAAUAUAAGGAAGCUGAAAUUUUGUAUAAGCAAGUCUUAACUAGAGCACACGAACGAGAGUUUGGGGCUAUCGACGGAGACAAUAAGCCCAUCUGGCAGGUAGCAGAAGAAAGAGAAGAAAAUAAGAACAAAGUGAAAGAUUCAGCACCCUAUGGGGAGUAUGGAGGCUGGCACAAAGCAGCCAAGGUUGACUCUCCCACUGUCACCACAACUUUAAAGAACCUUGGGGCUCUCUACCGACGUCAAGGCAAAUACGAAGCUGCUGAAACUCUGGAGGAUUGCGCCAUUCGGUCACGUAAAGAGGCUGUGAAUCUCGUCAAGGAUGGGAUGACCCCAGAGGGCAAUCGACGACUCUCAGCAUCAAGGGACAGACUCCGCAGAGGGUCCCGGGAAUCCCUCAACUCCACUGAUUUUGAUGCUGCUGACGACUAUGAGUAUGGUCGUCUCCGGAGAUCCAGUUCUUUCUACAAGUUCCGGGCAUCCAUUCGCAAGUCAAGUGCCAAGCUAGUUCACAAACUGAGAGGAAAAGAAGAGGAUAGUAAUGCAAGAAUGAAACGGGCAAGUUCUCUGUCCGUUCUUAGUGGACAAGGAGAAAAUAAAGAGUGUCUACAGGUCCCUCUUGCUCUGCGUGGUCGAGCAGUCAGCUCUGAGCACAUAUCCUGACCAGCUGUUUCUGCUUCACCUUGAUCAAUCAGUUCUUCGCCUCAUCACUACCAUAGACUGCAAGACUGACCUGAAAAUGAUAAUUUUGUAGACUUUUAUUUUACAAAAUAAUGAUUCAAAUCUUGAUGUACGUGUUGAUGUCUUGUAAUAUUUAGACGUCUAGUCAUGAAAAAUUCACAACUUGGUAAAUGACAGUCAUAUUUAAGUUUAGAUUUCUGAUUCUGAUUACAUAUAGGUAUACAAAAAUUACUUAUUUAUACCAUCUUCAUUUAUAAGAGAAAGGAUGGUAAAUGCAAGGCAGUGGUGAUUCAGAGCGACAAAGCAUGUGUGCCUGACAAAACUAAUCAGAAAAUAUUGACUUCAUAAAUUACCUCAUUACUUAAUUAAUUUUUAUUUCAUUUUAUCUGAGCAACUAUGCAACUUUGCCCACAUGCUCCUAACAGUGACAACAAAAACAAAAUUAAUACAGUAUAUUAUGUAUAGUAUGUGUGUGUGCAUGUGUGUGUAUGUGUGUACAUGUGUGUGUGGAUAUCUGUCCAUUUAUUUAUUCACCUAGUUUAGCUAAUUGUAAUUUACAGGGCCUGAGGUACACUCAUAUCAUCCCUUAUCCAUAUUUGCAUUUAUCCAAUCCUUUCAACUGGUACACUUUCUGUGUGUGUGUGUGUGUGUGUGUGUGUGUGUGUGUGUAUUUCUGAGUACAGAUAUUUCAGUGAUGAGGACUUGAUUCACUUUAUAUAUAUAUAUAUAUAUAUAUAUAUAUAUAUAUAUAUAUAUAUAUAUAUAUAUAUAUAUAUAUAUAUAUAUAUAUAUAUAUAUAUAUAUAUAUAUAUAUAUAUAUAUAUAUAUAUUGAUUUCUAUUUAUUGUAUAUAUAAAGGUUUUGUUAUAAUGUACAAACUCACAUCGGCAAAAGAAAAGAGAAUGUUGUGCACUGCUGAUACACUUGAGGGACCAUCUGUGACUUCAGAAGCAUAAAGAGAAACAAAGGAUCUAUAAGAACUAGUUAAUUAUUUCAAGGCCGUUAUUAUAUUAUCAUCUACAUGCCUAUAUUUUAUUUAUUUAUUUAUUUUGUUUAGAAGGAAAUUGAAAAUUUGCUCCUCUAAAUUUAGUUAAAUUCAUAUUCUGUUACACAUUAGAGCAUUUUAUAGCACAUUAAUACACCUAUGAUGACUCUAAAGUGUAUAGGGUAUCAAAACUUACUUUAACCAGCACAAAAGAACUCAGUUAUUUUGUUGUAUUUAGACAAUGUAAACUAAUUUCAGAUGGGUGAGAAAUAAUAUUUUACAAUACUGAUAUUUCAUCACCUUCAGAAAACAGAAAAGCAUAAGAAAUAUAUAAAAAUGUAUGAGCAAUAAUGGUGAUGUAACAUAUCUUUGUUCAUCAUUAUUCACACUUAGAAUGGGCAUCACAAAUUUCACAAAAAUUUCUGUACUUCAACAUUCAUUGAUCACUAGAAACAGUCUGAUCAAUAUUCAAAUUAUUCUUACAGGCUCUCAAUUACUAAUCUUUUUCUUUCAUGUUAUUUUCAUUACAUUCAUUACAAACGUCUUUAUUUGAAUAAUCCACCCUUAAGCUGCCGAAUAGCAAGUAGUGUGUGCCUGUGUGGCUGCAAAACUAUACAACCACAUAACCUGUCAUCUCAGCCAUGUAGGCCUUUUUUCUGUGCAUCUUUUCAAAGCAAUAUGUUUAGUUCAGGCUCAUUGCAAGUGUAGGAAGCAAGUAAUCAGAGGACAAGACAGAUGACUGUCUUGGCUGGGGACUAGAUUAUCCUAUUUAAUAGACAAUACAUGUCAGUUAGUCUAUCUGUUGAUCUGUUCUGAUGCUUUCUGUUCCUGGGAAUGGCCUCUUAUGGAUAUUUAUAGAGGCAGUCUUCAUUGUCAUGUGUAUGGAAAAGGCUAUGACUUUAUUUUGAUAUACAUAUUUAGUUAACUCUUCCAACUAACUUUUGAAUAUAAGACAUUCUGUUCAUUUACAUCCUUAAAGUAAAUUGUUUCAGCAUAAAUCUUUGGAAACAUUUACUUGAUUUAUUUAUGCAGAGAUUAAUUAUUUUCUCUUGUUUCAGAUUUAUUUAUGCAGAGAUUGUUUAUUUCCUCUUGUUUCACUCACAUUCUUAAAUGACUGACUAGUAAGAGCAAUAUAUCACAUGGUAAACAUUAAACCAACCCUUACUUAAAAUAAACAUAAGAAUGACAGUGAGCAUCAGAAUGACUUGAAAGAUCCAGUUUUCCUCUUAAAUAUGCCUUUAUCUUGUGGUCCAAAUAUUACAUUCCAGACUGGUAUUAUGUUCAUUUACUGCAAAUAAUAAUUAUAAAAUAUUUAAUGAUAUAUAUAUAUAUAUAUAUAUAUAUAUAUAUAUAUAUAUAUAUAUAUAUAUAUAUAUAUAUAUAUAUAUAUAUAUAUAUAUAUAAACUUUUAGUUCCUCUUUUUUUCUGUUUAACGCUUAAAAAUUCAAUAUUACUAAUGGCUGGCAUUUUCCAAUAUGCAUGCAUAUUAACAAGUGUGCUGUUAAUAUAAUUGCUCAAGACAAAGAUAAACUGAUUAAAGCUACUAGAAUCAGCAUUCCUGAACUUCUUUCAGUAGAACAUUGAAGAACAGAUCUACAAAAUAAAUUAAAAAAUCUACUUUCUCUAAUUUCAUCUCAUGGCACACAGAUAGAAUACUGUGAAAGCUUAGUAGCCCAUCUGGGAAUAACCUGUCUGCUCUUAUGAGAAAAAUAAAAUAAAAUAUGUGGCAUUUCACUAAUAAGAAAGUAUGUACUUAUAUGUUGUUUAACUUCAUAUUCAUCACACACACACACACACACACACACACACACACACACACACACACACACACACACACACACACACACACACACACACACACACACACACACACACACACACACACACACACACACACACACA